AUGACUUACUUUCCUCUUUGUAACACUAAGCAGUGUGAUCAGUGUGUACUUUUCCUGGAUAAAUAUUCUUUUAACCUACAUUGAUAUUUCUAACAGACAGAGCAUUGUAUGAUUGGAGAGGAGUUGUGUCAAAAAGGUUUUCCUGUUUGGCUCGUGACUCCAGUUGGCCUACUUUCUCUGAAUCAUCAGUGUUUCAGGAUUAUUAUACUAAAACCUUCAUGAAAAAAGAACAACAGUCUGUCAAGCCCGAAUCAAAGCCACAACCCAGUGUAAAACCGAUUCCAAGUAAAAGUGAUAAAUUUGGCAAUAAAGUUAAAAGAAUUGGACCACACAUAGAAAUCUUCCAAGUGUUCUGGGGAAGGAAAAAAUUAAUAACCAAAAACAUAGUUAAAAUGAUCACCGUCAUACAGGCGCUUAUCAGAGGGUGGCUUGAACGCAGAAGAUUCCAAAGAAUAAUGACCAAGGCUUUGUAUCAUGGACCAGAUUUGAGAGCAGUUAUAAACAAGUAUUGCAGACUAAUCUACUGUGUUAAAUAUCGACUUGGUCUUUGGAGGACAAGACAAAUUAUAAACCUUGCAGAGCUAGAGGAAUGGAUGGACAGAAAAAAAUUCUCUGAAACAAUGUUUGCUAAAAGGGAAGACUGGCGAGGAUUAGGAAGAAGUGAGCUCCUUAAAUUCUUCAAUGACUGUGGUCAUUUCCCAACCCAGCAGCAAAUUGAUGAGGUUUGGGACCUGGUCCACAGAGAAGACUGUGAAAAAUACUCUGAAAUCACCAAGAAAUCCAAUGCAAUUGAAAUGUUAUUUACACUCUACCCUCCUCAAGGUGCCCAUGUGUGUAAUAAAAAUUGGCUUAGGUCAACUUGGCUGAGACCCAUAGUAAAUGGGGAAGAAGGAUAUAAGUAUAUAGUGAGUGGACAUCCAGUACUCAAAAGAGCUAACAUCCAGAUUGUCAGAAAGUUAGUGGCCAGAUCUAUGAGAGAAAGGAAAAUGAGACAACAUUAUUUAUCGUGAGAAAGCCAGUGUGGAAAACUAAGGGAAUAUGGUACCGGAUGCAUUAUAGCUAGAGAACAAGUGAAGGAACGCUUCAAGGAGGAGGAAGUCAUCACCGAUGUUUUACACAGCUUCACGCUGCUGAAAGGUCACGUUAGUGUGGACUGA